AUGGCGCUGGCCAGGAGGGUCAGAACUUUGCUGACGGUCAACAUCCUGGCGUUCGCGGGCAUCGUGCUCUUCUCCGUGUGCUGCCGCCUGCACGGCCGCCCCGACGCGCGGCGCCGCGCGGACCCCGGGGCGCAAGGCCGGCCGGCCCCGGGGGGCGCCCCGGCCGAGCGCGAGGCCAUCCUGCAGCGCCUGGACCGCCUGGAGGAGGUGGUCUACCGCCAGCUGAACGGCCUCGCCAAGCCCAUGGGGCUGGUGGAGGGGCCGGGCGGCCUGGGCCAGGGUGGCGUGGCGGCCACACUGCGGGACGACAGCCUGGAGGCGGAGAGCAAGUUCGAGGAGUAUGGAUACAACGCGCAGCUCAGCGACCGCAUCUCCCUGGACCGGACCAUCCCCGACUACAGGCCCAAAAAGUGCAGGCACCUCACCUACUCGGCCGACCUGCCCCAGAUCUCCGUGGUCUUCAUCUUCGUCAACGAGGCGCUCUCGGUGAUCCUGCGCUCGGUCCACAGCGUGGUCAACCACACGCCCUCCCAGCUCCUCAAGGAGGUGGUCCUGGUGGACGACAACAGCGACAACGCGGAGCUGAAGGCCGGCCUGGAGCAGUACGUGGGCAGGCGGUACCCAGGCCUGGUGAGGAUCGUGCGCAACAGCCGGCGGGAGGGCUUGAUCCGCGCGCGGCUGCAGGGCUGGAAGGCGGCCACCGCCCCCGUCGUGGGCUUCUUCGACGCGCACGUGGAGUUCAGCGCGGGCUGGGCCGAGCCCGCCCUGGCGCGCAUCCGGGAGGACCGCCGGCGCAUCGUGCUUCCCGCCAUCGACAACAUCAAGUACGACACCUUCGAGGUGCAGCAGUACGCCAGCGCGGCGCACGGCUACAACUGGGGGCUCUGGUGCAUGUACAUCAUCCCGCCGCAGGACUGGCUGGACCGCGGGGAUGAGGCCGCGCCCAUCCGCACCCCCGCCAUGAUCGGCUGCUCCUUCGUGGUGGACCGCGAGUACUUCGGGGACAUCGGGCUGUUGGACCCGGGCAUGGAGGUGUACGGCGGGGAGAACAUCGAGCUGGGCAUGCGGGUGUGGCAGUGUGGCGGCAGCAUGGAGGUGCUGCCCUGCUCCCGCGUGGCCCACAUCGAGCGCACCAGGAAGCCCUACAACAACGACAUCGACUACUACGCCAAGCGCAACGCGCUGCGGGCGGCCGAGGUGUGGAUGGACGGCUUCAAGUCCCACGUCUACAUGGCCUGGAACAUCCCCAUGAGCAACCCCGGGGUGGACUUCGGGGACGUGUCAGAGCGGCGGGCCCUGCGCCAGAGGCUGAAGUGCCGCAGCUUCCAGUGGUACCUGGAGAAUGUGUACCCCGAGAUGCGCACCUACAACGACACCCUCACGUACGGAGAGGUGAGGAACAGCAGGGCCAGCGGCUACUGCUUGGACCAGGGGGCCGAGGACGACGACAAGGCCAUCCUGUACCCCUGCCACGGGAUGUCCUCCCAGCUGGUGCGCUACAGCGCCGAGGGCCUGCUGCAGCUCGGCCCGCUGGGCUCCACCGCCUUCCUGCCCGACUCCAAGUGUCUGGUGGACGACGGCCGCGGCCGCGCGCCCGCGCUCAGGAGGUGUGAGGACGUGGCCAGGCCCUCGCAGCGGCUGUGGGACUUCACCCAGGGCGGCCCGAUCGUGAGCCGGGACACGGGCCGGUGCCUGGAGGUGGAGCUGUCCCGGGACGCCAACUUCGGGCUGCGCCUAGUGGUGCAGCGGUGCUCGGGCCAGAAGUGGACCAUCCGGAACUGGGUCAAGCCCGGGCGGCGCUGA